AUGGGCAACAAUGAAGGAAUAAAGCCUUCUACAACCGAAGAACAGGUCACUGCAGCUGUAGAAGAGGAUGAUAAGGAGCCUAGUAAGCCUCCCACCGCGACCGAAACGACUCGUCCUCGAUUAUCCCUUGCUUCAGCGAUGUCCAAAGCUGGCGCGAUUCGAGGAGGAAACAUCCAAAUCGCAGGCAUAGAGAAAGCUUCCGACACUCGAAGGAAAUCACUGUCGACUUUGAAUGUUGGCGGACCACAGCAGGCACAGUUGAAGAAAGAAGAAGACGCGGUUGAGAUGAAGGAUAAUGCCGUUGUUUCCAAUCAGGAAGAGCGAGAGUCUUCUAAUUCGAUGACCAAAUUUUUAGAACAAGGACCAGUUAUAGCUCCGCCGAUCACGACCACGUCUGCCCCAGAAGGUAAGAAAAGCGUCGACAAAAAAGCGGGCGAGGAUCCCGAUGCUGGCGACGAAACGGAGGCUGAAACGGAAGAGAGCGACACCGAAGCUGAUGACGCGACGUUGCUUGGUGAAGACUGGGAGAUCUUCUGGAUGGGUGAUCGACCUUUCUACCACCAUCGUGGCAUGCGGGUCACGCAGUGGGAAAAACCGACCUUGAAACAACUAAAAAGCGGUGUGAAGAAGAAGCAGGAGCCUUUACCUGUGAUGAAGUACCGGGAGAAGAUCACAAGCCACGUGAGAGAAAACCGUGUCACGAUUAUUUGCGGUGAGACCGGUUGUGGUAAGACGACGCAAGUUCCUCAAUUCUUAAUGGACGAUCCGAAGAUCGUUCCCAAAGGGAAAUACGUCAUUGUCACACAGCCUCGAAAGAUUGCCGCGAUUACGAAUUCCGAGAGAAUCGCGACAGAACGGGGCCACAGUGUCGUUGGAGGCGAAGUCGGAUACCAGAUCCGGUACCACAACAAGACGGAUGACAUCACGACGAGACUGGUGUUUUGUACCACUGCAGUGGUUCUGAGACGGCUCUUCGAGGAUCCAGCGUUGAGACGAUGCGCAGUCCUGAUCAUCGACGAAGUGCACGAACGAGACAUCCACUCUGAGUUUUUACUCACCACGAUCAAAGACAAACUUCUAGCUAAUAACAUGGACAUCAAGCUGGUCUUGAUGACAGCCACCUUCGCAGGAAGCACAUUCGUGCCGUUUUUCAAGCCACUGCGAGUUCAACACGGCGAUCGAGACCCGGAGUCCGUAUUGAUGUUUGAAGGACGAUGCUUUCCCAUUAAGGAGUAUUUUUUGGAAGACGCCUUGGAAUGGACCGAUUGUCAGCUCGCAAACCCGGAAAAAUUAGGAGCCGUCACGACAUUUCAGUUGCAGGAAAUUGACGAAAAACUCUAUGCAGCAGAUGAUACGAAGUACUGCAACUUUUUAGACUUGUUGUUUUUUCUUUGCUCGCUCGGAAAGGAAAAAAACUACACCCUAAUCAAUAAUAUCCGUACUUCCCGAUUACCUAACUCUAAGUAAUCUCACCCUAGAACAGCACACACCAUCUAAGUACUGUCAACAACUGAAUUCACACCUAGGACCUACUCCGAGCAAACCUUACGGUCUCUGGUGAUCGAUGAUGCGAAGUGGGUCAGCUUCGAGAAGAGGCGACUUAUCGUUGAUAUGGUCCGAAAAAUUGACUCUGACGCCAGACAGAUGAUCAAAGGCGAGAACGGUCGUGGAUCAGUGCUCAUUUUCUUACCUGGUUGGCGCGACAUUACCGAUCUCGGAGAGGACCUGUUUAAAAGCGAGACGAAAGAUGAUGUACUUCGAUUUUUUAAGAAUUAGCUCUGAGUUGUAAUAUAGAACGCAAACAGGUGACCAAUUUUGGAAUGUAGUUUUCAGGACCAGCACCAGUUGUACUGGAUAUCAGUAUCGACUUUGUUUCAAUUUCAUAUCAAUUCUGACCUUCUCUCUUAUUUAAAGGAUGAUCCUUUAAAUAAUUUUCAAUCUCUAUGUCUUCUAAGUCUAUCCCCAUUUUUUACCCCAAUCUCAAACAACAGCGUGGCACAGUGAUCGAAGCACAGAGGAAGUAUCAUAUUUUACCGUUGCACAGUCAGCUGAUUCCAGAGGAGCAAGUACGCGUUUUCGAUCCAGCACCUCCAGGACGUAGAAAGAUCAUCCUCUCAACCAACAUCGCAGAAACCAGUGUCACAAUCAGCGACAUCGUCUAUGUGAUGAAUACCGGUAUUUUUUCCGUUUUCUCAAUGUCUAUGUGACGUUGAAUAUGGGUAGUGCUUGUUCGCAUUUUUUGUUUUCUUACCAGUUGUGGCUAUUUCACUUCUUUUUAUGUGAAGAUUCCGAGACUAUUUCUGUCGUGGUGUCAUACCAUGGAGAGCGUUCUUAUGUCUACGUGUGCUAGGACUGGUCAACCUUUUAAUGACAACAUUGGGUUGUCGCGGCAGGAGGUUAGGCCUUCCUUCUCUUGAUAUCCAUUUCCAUCUCUCAUCUGCAUCAUAGGUAUUGCGAAGGAGAUGGUGUAUGACAGCCAGCGCAAUACCGGAGUUCUCGAGGGCCAGCUGAUUUCGCGAGCGAACAAUACCCAGCGCAAGGGCCGCGCUGGCCGAUGCCAGGAAGGAAUAUGCAUUCACCUAUUCCCGCAAUACAUGUUGCAUACGAUGAAGGACUACCAAUUCCCGGAAAUCCUGUCAAAUUCUCUGGAAGAGCACAUUUUGCAAGAGAUGUGCCUUAAGUUGGGAGAUCCAGUGGAGUUUUUCAAGAGGACGGUGUCCGUCCCGCCAGAAGAUCGCGUGCAGAGCGGCAUCGAGAUUCUCGAAAAUUUGGGAGCUAUUGAGCUGAACGAGUUCAACAAAUACCAGCUCACUGACUUGGGUACUUACUAAGCUUAGCGCGUGUUUUCACAUCCACUAGCGCAAGUCGUACCGUGCAGUGGGGUCUUUUUGGUUUUAGUGGCGAGACGCGCUGGUGGUUUUUUAGCACCAGCGCCGCGCGGUGUCGGCCCUCCGCUUGCUGAGGCUUCUCUGGGUUUCUGCCUCUCGUCCCCGUGUUCGUGGGCUAGCUUGGAGGGGAGGCCCGCUUGCCACCUGUGCACCGCUUGAACGUCGGCGCGCGCACUUCGCGCGGCGUCUCAAACCUUGGCGCAACAGGCACCCCCCCAGGGAAGUCAUAGCCCUGGCCGCCGCUGCAGGUGCCGGCGGCAAUAAUUGCGGGGAGGACUUCCCCGGAGACGCGCGGCCAGGAUUGGGCAGAAGGCAGGGGGGCUUGUAGUGCUAUCGGCCGGGCGCCCUGCCUCGCUGACAAAAAGGAAGGCUCGGCUCUUUCGCACAUGAAAGAGCUAGAGAAACCACGCGCAAAACCACUGCAGGGCGGGCAUGCGCGUGGCGGGGUGGCUGCGUACCCGGCGCAAAUCAAUCACGGACGUGAAGCAGGCUCGUCGAAGGUCCGCCUCCUUUAGAGUAGAGCCUGGCGUGAGACUCGGGGAGAAGGGCGCCCCUAACCGGUUCACCCACCUAGGAGGGGGCAAACCGCUGCGGCGCGUCCUCUAGCACUUUUGCCUACCCCGCCUCCGCGCUGAACCUUCGGCGACCCCGAAAACAAGGGCCGUUGUUCGUUGAGGAUUGAAAGCAGCGCAGAGAGGUCUCCAACCAAGAGCGGGACGCACCCCCAAAGAGCCGGCUGGACUGACCUGAACCAACACGGAAGGACGACCGAGGAAAAAGCCCCCGCGUUUGUUUCUUUUUACUUCAUCGCACCGAAGCGCCUUGGGCCUCCUGGUAUGGUCGUUUUCGGGUCUCCUCUCUGUCUUCUUUUUUGGAGCCAGCUCACCUAGGUGCGCUGGGUGAUGCUUUUGAAUUUCAGGGAAGUUAUCGACGCCCGCGAGAAAGACGGAUGGCAGCGGAGUGUGGUACCUGGGCGGUUUUAUAGCAUUGGGCGCAAGUCCAAAACGGUAGGCGCGCUCGUCCUCCUACUUGUCGUAGUUCUACCGCUCUUGUGCACGGGUGGUCUGAUGCAGCUGAUACUUCCAUAACAUUGCGGCGGGGUGAAGCUCUAGCUUUUCUAUGGGGACUAGCGCUACCGUGCAGGCACUUUCAUAUGCUUCCCAAAUCAUUUUCUCAGGUCAAUGGCUCGGCAACGUCCCGCAGCACCCUUGCGCAACUCUGGCCAUGUCGUACUCUGCAGUUUUUGGUGUCCUAAUGCCUGUGCUCGCAGCCUUGAGUUUCAUGGGCCAAAAGUCUCCUUUCGACAUCAAAAAAGAAACAAAGGGCACACUAGAAGGUGGCCGUGGUGUCCUAGGCGACCGCUACAACUCAGAUCAUGCAGCACUCGUCAAUGCUUUUUUAGGCUACAAGCACGCUAGUUAUUUGACGGAAGAACAGAAACUCUGCGAUAGGGAUAGAGCAGACGCAGGAAAGCGCGCAGCUAUGUACUUCGAAAAACACGGAUUGGUCAAGGAACUAGUGAGCGGGGCAGACCAAAAUGUAAAGUUAUGGAAAGGUUGAAAUUGACGAUGCAUUUACAUGAGUCAGUCGCUAUCUUAGCUCUUGCUCCGGCUACGAAAUACCCUGCUACGAAAUACAAUAAUUUCCCGUUUUUCAAAGAAAAAAUCAAACCUGAUACGAGCACCUAGUACCCUCAUCGUCUUUUAGAAUCAGAGCAAGAACUACAUCAAUUCAGCACGUCAGAGUAGACACGCAUCCAAUGUGCAUGAGACUCUCUGCUGCAACUUCUAAUCCAAGCCUAUCUCAACUUAAUGGUGAAAGAUCGCGGAUACAACGCUGAGGACUGCGCUUACCGUCUGAUUUCGCCUUUCUGGACUGUGCAGAAAGCGCUAUCGGAGGACAGGUUCCUACUUUUCAAGCUUUCUCUGGCACUGGGCUACUGUCCAAGGUUUGCGAUGCUUCGAGGCAGUUCGUUCGUCAAUGAUCAGAUGCAGGAGUUGAAGAUGAGCAAUCAAAGCGUCAACAGCAAAAUGUCGUGGAGGAUACAGAGGGAAGAAGGCAAACUCUUAGCAGCCGAACAGGAAAACCCUGAGAUCACAAAAGCGUAUCUGAGCAACGCGGAGAACAAUAGCGACCCGCUCUUGCUCAACAUGAACUUCGCUGGAGAAGGGAUCACUUAUAAGAGACAGUACUACUAACUGUUUUCUUUCGUAGUUCUUUUGAUCAAUUUGCUGUUGCUUCACCUUGUUCACAACGCGCGCUUAUAUAUGAAAAUAUAGUUUGCACCUCCGGCAAGGACAAGUGGUUCAAAAUUUUGUACAUUUAAGGUUAAGUCUUACCCAGGCUUCACGCCAUUUGCCAUAUAGUGACGAACAUCAUGAGUACCACAUUGAUCAACUCAAAAUAAUCGCCAAUCCAAAACCCCAUACAGGAGUUCUUCCCCCUACUUCGCUCUCUACACGGAAGAACUGAUCUCGUUCGCCCAGAACCGACCCCUCCAAAUGGGUGAAACCAGUAUUGUGAAUGUUAACACGGUUCUCUUGGCUUCUCGAAACUUUGAAUACGAGGGCAACCAAGUCCAAUUCGAUGGAUGGACGGGGUUUGUGCAGGACACUGAGGCGUUGGAGGAGAUCAAGGAGUUGCGAAAAGCAAUACGCCUAGCAAUGCAGAAAGUUAUGGCAAAAGAUUUUCACUUGGUUCGUUUUUUCUUAUAAUCGUGUAACGAUCUUCACUUGAAGAUCAUAGAAACUGUGCUAACUAUAGAAACUCCUUCUUCUUCUAAUAUCCCCAUCUACAACGGUUGCAUGUUCUCCGUUGCCGGCCAUGCUACCAUUUUGCCAGUUCUAGAGUUUCUCAAAAGGGAUUUGCGCGUGGAGGAUAUCAAGGGUGUCCGAUCUCCUAGAGCCUCCCAAAAAGACCUUGACUCCGUGAUGCUGCGCGACCUGCCGCUUGACGUCACACAGUUUCAAAUCCGAGAUUUGUUUGACGCGGAAGAAGAGGUGGGAGAUGACGACGGAGAAGGCGAUGCUGGAGAUGGUAAAGGCAAUGAUGCAGAAGGAGAAAGUGGCGAGCAAGAAAAGAGACGAGACAAGAAAAUGAAGAAGCUUUUCAAAGUAGAGUCUCUGAACAUUCCUAUGAACCCGAAGACUGGUGUAGGACGUGGCUUUGCCUUCGUACAGUUCGACAGUCGCGAGACAGCGAAAAAAGUUGUGGGGAGAAGAGACUGGCGACUUCGCGGGAACCGGGUGAAUGUGAAAAUGGUAGUUGAAGUGGACCCAGUGAGAGAUGUCAUACCACAAUUAGUGAACAAUCCAACUUCUACGACCUCUUCGACUAACACUAACCAAAACCAUUACAGUAGUAGUUUUAACAAUAAUUACUAGAUGCUGGAGGUGACGACAUCGAUCCCCUGGCUGAAUCAUCCUCCUGCUGCGGCUAACUAGCUUUGCCCAAUGUUGCUAAUUGAGAGUAUAUUAGUGCGUGGUCGACUACAUCUGUGAUUAUCUUAAUCCGCACUGCGCUGUAAAUUCCUUACCAUGAGUUUACCUCUGUGUAAGUUUUGCUUCAAAAUGGCCAGUAAGGGUCGAACCUGAAGCACAUGACCAUGACCAUCGAUUAUGGCCGCAUGUCCCAAUUGUUUUGAGUGUUACCUACAUCUAGCGAACUACUAUGACGUUUCGAUGAGGAAGGUCGAUCAAGACUAUUAAAACACACUACUGAUUUUGAAGGCUCGAUCCCCAACUACCCGACACCUCCCGAGGUGUACUCACAUAACGACAAGAUGUUGUAAAUGGACUGUAUCAUUUCAUGAAGGGAAGAUUCCCACAAACAAAAAGAAGGACGAUAUAU